AUGGACUCCUCCUCCUUGCCUAUCAAGGCCAUCCACUCCUUUCAUGCCGGUGAGCGCAAUCUCUAUACUCGUCUCAUCUUCGAUCUCUACAUCGACCCCUCCUGCUCCCUCCACCUCAUUGCCUUUUGGCUCUGGCUUGAGGAAGAUGGCCACCACAAAAACCUCAUCAACAAAAUCGCCUCUAUGACCAAAAGCUCUCUCCGCUCUGCCGCCCACACGGCCCUCUCCUUUCUUGACGCCCUCCUAACCAAUCCCAAUCCAAAUUCCUUUCAUGCAGGUGAGCGCAAUCUCUAUACUCGCCUCGCCUUCGAUCUCUACAUCGACCCCUCCUGCUCCCUCCACCUCAUUGCCUUUUGGCUCUGGCUUGAGGAAGAUGGCCACCACAAAAACCUCAUCAACAAAAUCGCCUCUAUGACCAAAAGCUCUCUCCGCUCCGCCGCCCACACGGCCCUUUCCUUUCUUGACGCCCUCCUAACCAAUCCCAACCCAAAUCCCACUUCUACCUCCUUCCAAAAAAAUGCCAUCAAUGGAAUACACUACUAUCUUUCUAAUGUAUGUUACAAAGCCCUCACCGACCUUCACGAGAAGGCAGCGAGCCAAGUAGAAGCACGGCGGGGAGUCGAGAUGAUAGGUCAUGGUUUAAGUUGUGUUUACCUAAGUGAAGUGGAUGGAUUGCUUUAUGUGCCUCAUGGUGAAGGCUCUAGUGGAAAUGAAGCUAGAAGAUAUGACAAAUCACAGAUGAUUGGCUUGAAAGAAGAAGUGAAGCCUUGGAUAUCGUGUUUUUAUACAGAAGAUCAGAGAAAUAAAGAAUCAUUUAUGCAUGCAAAGCCAGGAGGAGAAUAUCGCAGCGACAUUCCACGUGAAGAGAGGAUGCUUUUUGUCACCUUUUCUAAUGGAUAUCCGCUUACAGAAGAGGAAUUGUAUAGUUUCUUCAUCAGGAAUUAUGGUGAAGUUGAAAGGGUGAAAGUCGAGCAGGUGGGAGGAAGGAGACAGCAGCCCCUAUUCGCCCAAGUUUCAUUUUACUCGUUAUCAACGGUAUUAGCCAUCCUGAAUGGCCAUUACAAAGCCAAAUUUUUAAUAAAUGGAAAGCAUUUGUGGGUUAGGCGUUUCGUCCCUAAGAGAAAGCAUAAGCAGGCGAAUGCCUUUUAAUGGAACAAUUAUUAGGUCCGGUGACCGGACGUAGCUCUACAUGCAGUCACCACUGAGUUACCCGAUAUUUGCUCGGUGUUUGCUCAGUAUUGCUAGGUAUUGCUUGGCAAUAAUGAGAAAUAUCGU